UGGGUUGAUGGAAGGGUAUUCUUUGUUUAGGACAUUCUAUGGUGAAAAAUAAAGGAAAAUAUAAAAUGCCGAGUGCAUCUUUCACAUCAUCGCGUUCAUGUGUAAGGAGAUCACGAAGAAAGGGCGCUAAUAGGAUAUCACUUCCAUCACGAUCGAGUUCUGAAGAACCAUGUGAGCUGCCAUGUCAAGAACCAAAUCAAAGUAUGCCUGGAGCAGGCAGUACAACAAGCAGUUCUACUGCAACAGGUGCCUCAUCAAGUUCUGCAACCUCUACGGCUAUGGCAGCUGCUGCUACAGCAGCAUUCACUAGCAGUACUAAUACUCCUGAUGUAAAUGGAGGCAGUGGUGGCAGCACCAGUGGCAGUAGUUCUAGCCAUCAUUCACCGUAUGACCUGCGUCGGAAAUCUCCGCCCCACCAUUACGCUGCUGCUGGCACCAGUGGCACACCUGUUUCAUCAGUCUUAGCUUCCACAAAUUACUCUGCAUCAAUGCUCCCUGCUCGUAAAAGGCCACGUCGAACAUGUUCAGUCACGAGUGAAUCUUGUUCUGCUAUCUCAGCAGCUCAUUACUUGCAAUAUGAGUUGCCAGAUGAGGUUCUCCUAACUAUAUUUGGCUACUUACUGGAACAGGAUUUGUGUCGAGUGAGCCAAGUUUGUAAGCGCUUCCAAGCCAUUGCCAAUGACACUGAACUGUGGAAAAACUUAUACCAACAUGUGUAUGAGUACGACUUGCCUCUUUUCAACCCUGCACCAUGUCGCUUUGAGUUCAUGUCUCGAGAGGUCUCAGGACAUGCCAACCCUUGGAAAGAAAGUUUCCAUCAGUUGUACCGAGGUGUUCAUGUUCGGCCAGGCUACCAAGACCUGACAUUCCAGGGCCGCAAUAUUUCUUACUUCAAUACAGUGCAGGGAGCCCUUGACUAUGCGGAUGAACGUGGAACGAGCUCUGGAUCAGGUGAUGGAAGCGAUGGACAUGGUGCUCUGGUGUUUCUUCACGCUGGGACAUACCGUGGAGAGUUUCUUGUAAUAGACUCUGAUGUUGCGUUAAUUGGGGCUGCCCCAGGCAAUGUGGCGGAAUCAGUCAUCUUGGAGAGGGAAUCAGAGUCCACUGUUAUGUUUGUUGAGGGAGCCAAGCAAGCAUAUGCUGGUCAUCUCACGCUCAAAUUCUCUCCUGAUGUGACAUCCACUGUUCCACAUCAUAAGCAUUAUUGCCUGGAAGUUGGUGAAAAUUGUAGUCCAACAAUAGACCACUGCAUCAUACGUAGUACAUCAGUUGUUGGUGCUGCUGUGUGCGUAAGUGGCGUGGGAGCAAAUCCAGUAGUGAGGCAUUGUGACAUAAGUGACUGUGAGAAUGUGGGACUGUAUGUAACAGAUUAUGCACAAGGCACAUACGAAGACAAUGAGAUAAGCCGCAACGCUCUGGCAGGAAUCUGGGUCAAGAACUUUGCCAACCCCAUUAUGAGGAGGAAUCACAUUCAUCAUGGUAGAGAUGUGGGCAUCUUCACCUUUGAUAAUGGACUGGGCUACUUUGAAGCCAAUGACAUUCACAACAACCGAAUUGCUGGCUUUGAAGUGAAAGCAGGUGCCAACCCUACAGUUGUGCACUGUGAAAUUCAUCAUGGGCAGACAGGUGGUAUAUAUGUUCAUGAAAAUGGCUUGGGUCAGUUCAUUGACAACAAGAUUCAUUCUAAUAAUUUUGCUGGAGUGUGGAUUACUUCAAAUAGCAAUCCUACCAUUCGACGCAAUGAGAUAUACAAUGGCCAUCAAGGUGGAGUGUAUAUAUUUGGAGAAGGGCGGGGACUAAUUGAACAUAAUAAUAUUUAUGGAAAUGCAUUAGCAGGAAUACAGAUUAGAACAAACAGUGAUCCAAUUGUGCGUCACAACAAGAUCCACCACGGUCAGCAUGGUGGUAUUUAUGUACAUGAAAAGGGCCAAGGUCUAAUAGAAGAAAAUGAAGUAUAUGCCAACACACUAGCUGGUGUAUGGAUUACUACUGGUAGCACGCCUGUCCUGCGGCGAAAUCGGAUCCAUUCAGGAAAGCAGGUUGGCGUAUAUUUCUAUGAUAAUGGACAUGGGAAACUGGAAGAUAAUGACAUCUUCAAUCAUCUGUAUUCUGGUGUUCAAAUAAGAACUGGCAGCAAUCCAAUAAUCAGAGGUAAUAAAAUUUGGGGCGGUCAGAAUGGUGGCGUCUUGGUCUAUAAUGGCGGCUUGGGACUCCUUGAGCAGAAUGAGAUCUUUGACAAUGCAAUGGCAGGUGUUUGGAUCAAAACAGAUUCUAAUCCAACACUUAAACGGAACAAAAUUUUUGAUGGCAGGGAUGGAGGUAUAUGUAUCUUCAAUGGUGGCAAAGGUAUCUUGGAAGAGAACGACAUCUUCCGUAAUGCACAGGCUGGAGUUCUUAUAUCUACACAGAGUCAUCCCAUUCUCAGGCGGAACCGGAUAUUUGAUGGACUAGCAGCAGGAGUAGAAAUUACUAAUAACGCCACUGCAACAUUAGAAGUGAACCAGAUAUUUAAUAAUCGUUUUGGAGGACUUUGUCUUGCAAGUGGUGUCCAGCCCAUUGUUACAGAUAACAAGAUUUUUAAUAAUCAAGAUGCAGUAGAAAAGGCAGUUGCCAAUGGGCAGUGUUUGUACAAGAUCUCCAGCUACACCUCAUUUCCAAUGCAUGACUUUUAUCGAUGUCAGACAUGCAACACAACAGAUCGCAAUGCCAUUUGUGUCAACUGUAUUAAAACCUGCCAUGCUGGACAUGAAGUUGAAUUCAUCAGACAUGAUAGGUUUUUCUGUGACUGUGGUGCUGGUACACUAACAAAUCAGUGUCAGCUUCAGGGCGAGCCAACACAAGACACAGAUACCUUGUAUGAUUCAGCAGCUCCUAUGGAGUCACAUACCCUCAUGGUCAAUUAAGUUAUCAUUUUUCAUGCUGACAGGCAGCAAGUUCUGCUUAAGUGAGUGUGUCUACAAGUAGUUCCCUGCAGUGGGGAAAAACAUUGUUCCUUGACCACUUGUGCAUGGAUGUGAGGAUGCCUAAUUACCUCGAAUUACACCAGUCCCCUCAUAAAGCAAGGCCUACACACAUAAUGUGCUAGAUCCCAGUGAUUGAAGAGACAAGAAUGUAAUUGAAUCUCUUUAUUUUUAUUAUUAUUAUUAUUUCCUUUUGAUUGAUAUACAUACAGAUAUAAAUUAAUGGUCUUGAAUGUGUUGUGAAAAAUUUGUAAUGAUCGUGUUCUUUUUUCUGCAUAUAUUGUUCAGGCCAUUGAAUGAAUGUGCUAUUUGUGUGUAUGUUGGUAUGCAUGCAUGUGUAUGACAGUAUCAUUGUAAAUAUACAUAAAUAUAACUGUUUACUGUAACCAGUAAGAAAAUUGCGAAGUCGGAUAUUCAGCCCUGUGCUGCAAAUGUUUGAAAGGAAAAGUGAAACCCACACGUAUUCACCUUGUAUAUUGUUCCAGUGGUGCCAGAGAAAACAUGAUCUGGAGUUCUUGCCAAAUCAAAAUGGUAUGCAGCUAUAGUAUUCCAUGCCAUGUUUCUUGAGGCUGUUUUUACAUUUGUAUUCAGUUUCACUUUUUUUUUUGUAUAUAUCCUAUAGUGGAGUGUCUGUAUUAAUACAGUUACUGCCCUCGUGCUUUAUAUAUAAUGUGAAAUCAAAUUUAAAAGUGUGAGGCCAGAGUGUUUGUGUGUGGGUCUUUAAGAAUGCCCAGACACUGAGCCAAGCCAUAACAUUUGCAUUUUGCAUAUCCUUGAAUAAGAUUUUAUGUGUGACUGGGUCAUAUUGUCAAGCUAAUGAUGUUGGAGUUAGCCAACUUUUUUAAAGAUCUGUUCUGUCAUACAAGACUGUUGAUUUAUUUUGUGUUCCCUUCAUAUGUAAAUAGACUUAAAUGUGUUUGUGCUGUUUUUGAGCAGAAAUUUCUAAGUGUAAACUUCGUGCUAUGUCGUAAAUUUUCAUUGUAUUUUUGAAAGGUAUUACAUAUUAAUGUUGGUAUAUCUAUGAAUUUUUAGUUAAAGAAAAUACACUAACAUUUUGAGAGUGAAGUAAAUAUAUGAGUAUGUUUUGAGAUUUCUUUUGUACAAAGCUGAGAAGAAAACAUUGACUGAGGUCGUGAGUCAUGUCGGAGGUGUGCCAAUCACACGGUGGUUGAAGUUCGUCUGUUAUAAUUAUUACCAUCUCAAAUACUGGAAAAUGUUUAAAAUUAAAUGAAUUUUUAAAAUAACAUCUAUAGCUAUUUUUACAUAGUCCAUCCAGUUUCCAAGUGCUGUAUAGAUGGAUGAGAAGUAGGUGUUUGGUGAUCUUACACUGACAGUAAAACUACCUUCUCCAAGUGCCAUAAAAAUAUUUCUAAAACAUGGUUUAAUAUUGAGUGUAAUGAAUGCAUUGCUGUUCGUUCCACUACACAACCAGUGUUACUUGGACAAACAAGACUGUGCAGGAUGUGACAUGUGGAGGUGUAAGUUGUUUGGUAGAGUGCACUUGUUAUGCUAGUGAAAUACGCUCUCGAUUCUCUGGUAUGUUAUGUUUGACAUGUUCCAAUUUCUGCCUGUAUGUAACAUUCUUCCAUUUUAUUACCUCCUUCCCCAACAAAUCACUUUUAAAAAUUGCCAAGUACUAUAAUGGUAUUGCACUUCAUUACAUUAUUCAGCUGUGGUAGUACUAGGCAUUGUCUUUUGACAGAAGCAUCAAAUCUGUGAGUUUAAUUAUUCAUGUACCACAAACUUGUAGUUAUGCACUUGUGCUGUAUACAUAUUAGAAAUAUACGCAAGUAUAAAGUACUAUAACACAUCAUUGCUUUCAUUGUUUCACAUAUUGAUAUGGUGGAACAUCAUAAAUAUAGGUCCAAUGUUGGCAAGCCAUUGACAUGAGCAUGAGAGAGAUUCUGUAUCUGGUGAGUCUGGUGCAAUGAAACUAAAGCCAGAUGUGUAAAUAUAUAUAUAUGUUCUGUAGACAAGAGUGUCUGUGUCACCAUUCAUAGUCCAGCUUCUUGACUACACGACCAGAGCAUUGAAAGUUUGUUUCUUCAUGGAGUAGAGACCAGGAUUGCUUUGUUUCCAUUAAUGUCAUGUUUACUUGAAUGUCUUCAAAUACAAAUUUUCAUAUUAUAGACAAAACAGAUUAUUGAUAUAGAAAUACAAAGUAAUGUGCGUUUCUUAAUAGGUAAGUAGCUUCUUAAGCACAUUUUUUGGAAAAUUAAUAUUAUACAUGCAUUUCUGUUGUUGUUAAAGCAGCAAUUGGAGCUGUUGUUUGAGGUUUUCUAUUUAAUUUUAGUGAUGAAAUGCAUGCAUUUAAGUACAGGAUGGUGUUUAUUAAUGGUGUGAAGCAGUACUUAUAAGAUUGCAGUAUUUGUCUGUAUAGUCAGUGCAGUUCAACAUGUAUUAUUUGUUAAGCUGUAAAGCUCCUCUGCUGUUGUGUUCAUUGUGGACUGUCCUGCCUGAAAAGCAGGAAUUUCCACCAUUGCCACCUGGAAAGAGGUCAUAAAGGUCAAACAACCAUAACUGAAGUCACUGGAAGGUAAUGUAGUAGACCCUAAGCUUUUUAUCUUACAAGUACCUUGAAACGCAUUUUCAACUCAUAUAGUACAAGCAAUCACAGAUGCAUAUAAUCAGGUAACCAGGCACAGAUGUUAGGGUGAAGGGACUAAGCACACUCUGUGAAAGAACUUGCAGUCACUGGUGUCUACACAGUUUUUCCUGCUGGUGUGUGCACCGUAGGUGUCAUCAGCAUUAAGGACUGCUGAAUUGUAGUCAAAAUAAAAACUGGAUUCCCAAUAAGAUUUUCUUGUCUAAUUGUCGAUGAGUAGCUCAAAAUGUAGGCCAUUGACUCUUAAGAUUUACCUUAACAGUACAUUAAAGGAUUUUUUAUCUUUUUAUUAAAUGUCAAUCUGGAAAAUCCAAAUAUAAUAUUACAUUCUGAUACCUGUUCUCAGAAAUGUACUGCUUAGUAAACUGCCUCUCACAUUUGCAGAUUAGUUAUAGAGAAAAGUUCUGAAAUACCAGUAGUUGGAAGUCAGGGCAUGCUUACACUUACAUCAAAAAGUGUUCAGUGUGUUUUACAUUGAUUACAGACAAAUUUAAUUUAUUAACUGAAUGGAUAUUAUUGUUAACCUACAUAUUAAAUCUUUGUGCAUGUUAAUAAAAGUGCAGGAACUGA